UUAGAUUCGUUAUUUAUCUGCCUGCGUUUACGUCUUGUAGUAAGGACAUGUUCGGAAUGAAUUGAGCAGCGGCCUGGAUUUGUAAAUUAAUUGACUGCGGAACAAUGGCGUCCAAAUCCAUAUUAACCAUCACUGUAAUUGCACACAGUUUUAUCAUGUGUUUCCCGGAUCAAACUCCAGGGCAAUUUCUUUAUUCUAUUCCCGAGGAAAUGGUCGAAGGGACGAUUAUUGGGAAUAUCGCUCAGGAUUUGGGAUUGAAUGUACCGAUUUUGUCAGCUCGUAAAUUUCGUCUCAGCUCUAAUGACGGAGAACGGUACAUGAAGGUUAGUUUGGAUAAUGGGCUUUUAUCUAUUUGUGAAAGAAUCGACAGGGAACGUAUUUGUGGGCAAAUAGAGUUGUGUACUAUACCUUUGGAAAUAAUGCUGGAAAAUCCAUUAGAGGUGUAUCGCGGCGAAGUGGAGAUUCUUGACGUAAAUGACAAUUCUCCUACAUUUCGGGACACACAUAUUGCCUUACAAAUGUCUGAAGCCAUUACACCGGGGGUACGUUAUCGACUCAAGAGCGCGGAAGAUGCUGAUACUGGAAUGAAUACUAUCGCGAAUUAUACAAUCAGUUCGAGUGAGUACUUCAGUCUGAAAACACGGAGAACCGAGGAGGGUAUUAUAACUGCUGAGUUACAGUUGGAGAAACCUUUGGAUCGAGAGCUGCAAUCAUCCUUUCAACUUGUGCUUACUGCUGUGGAUGGUGGGAAACCUCAGAAAACCGGAACAGCUCAGAUUCUCAUUACUGUACUGGACUUCAAUGAUAACCCUCCUGUGUUCGAGCAUGAUGUUUACAGGGGCACUAUUACUGAAAACACACCACAAGAUACCAUUGUUUUAACAGUUAAAGCGAACGAUUUGGACGAAGGGCUGAAUGCAGAGCUAACAUAUUCUUUCAGUGAUGUGAUUACUUUGCGAAGAAUGCGUGAUUUGUUUUCCUUGGACCCAAAAACUGGAGAGAUUCGAGUCAAAGGGCCGCUAGAUUUUGAAAAAUCAAACAGCUAUACACUCGAUAUUCAAGCUGUUGAUCACGGGUCACCUGCGCUGACGGGACACUCGAAAGUGCUGAUCAAGGUAACUGACGUGAAUGACAACGUACCCGAGAUAAAAGUGACGUCAGCCACAAACCAAAUCCCGGAAAACGCUACGCCCGGAAAUUUAAUCACCUUGGUUGAUGUCAUCGAUCGUGAUUCUGGAGAGAAUGGUCACGUGCGCUGCGAAAUAGCACAGAACGUCCCGUUUAUGCUACAAAGAUCGUCCAAUCAUUUUAAAUUAAUUACAAGUGAAACGUUGGACCGUGAAACUGUGUCUAAUUAUAAAAUACUUAUUUCAGCCUGGGAUUUGGGGUCACCGUCACUGUCAACAAAUGUAACCAUCCAUAUCAUAAUUACAGAUAUAAAUGACAAUGCCCCGCGCUUUGUUCAAUUGCCCUACAACUUUUACGUGACUGAGAAUAACUCUCCUGGCGCUUCAGCCUUCACAGUAACGGCUUCAGAUCCCGAUCUGGAGCAGAAUUCCUAUGUUUCUUAUUCCAUUCUGGACAAUUACAUUCAAAAUUUGCCUGUGUCCACGUACCUGAGCAUUAACUCAAUGAACGGCACUAUUUUCACUCAGCGGUCUUUUGACUAUGAGGAACUGAAGAGUUUUCAGAUCCAUGUUCAAGCCCGUGACGCUGGAGUGCCACCGUUGAGCAGCAGCGCUACUGUGAAUGUCAUCAUCCUGGAUCAAAAUGACAACGCGCCAGUGAUCGUUUCGCCUUCAGAGCAUGUUGGAUCAUCAGCCGUGGAAACCCUGCCCCAGUCAGCGGCUCAGGGGUACUUGGUCACCAAGAUAAGGGCCACUGAUGCAGAUUCUGGUCAGAACGGGCGACUCUUUUACCAAAUGGUGAAAGCUAAUGAUCCCAGUUUGUUUAUUAUCGAUCAAACCUCUGGUGAAAUCAGAACAACGCGUAAAAUCUUGGAGGCGGAUCUCAACACACAAACUUUGACAAUCUUGGUGAAAGACAACGGGCAGCCUAGCCUAUCUAGUACAGUUACCUUUCACAUCACACUUUUGCAGAAUAGCACCGAAACUCCCACAAAAAGCAGUAAUUUAAUGAGAAAUUCGGAAACUUUUUCCGAUCUAAAUCUUUAUUUAUUGGUUAUUUUCAGUUGCACUUCCAUUGUCUUUCUUCUGCUUAUCAUUGUGCUUAUUUGGAUCAAAUGUAAACAGGAGAGAGGUAACCCCCAGGAGUCUACUUCCCCCACUUAUUUUUACAAACGUGGGGAGAUGCAGGACACGUUUAAUCGAAGAUCUGCAAUGGAGGAAACUUUACGCUAUCCUGGUACGGACCAGGUCGUCCGCAUGCCAGGACUGCUUCAGUACUCGGUCUGCCUGUCUCCAGAAUCAGCGAAAAGCGAUUUCCUUUUCUUGAAGCCGUGCGGCCCUGCCAUCUCUCAAGACGGAGGAAACCAAAUCUUUCCUACAGCUGUACUGGAUGGAUCUAAAUUGGGAGGCGUCCUCACAGCAAUGGCGAAUGUACAGGGUAAGAAAGCCUUUCAGUCCCUGAGAUUGCCUUUUAUUGUUAUUAUUUGUGCAUUAAAUGUGGUUUUCGGAGAGAUUCGCUAUUCGAUUCCCGAAGAAGUGGAGCGGGGAUCAAUCAUUGGUAACGUUGCUGAAGAUUUGGGAUUAAAGGCUGGAAUAUUGCUCACUCGUAGAGGACGGCUUGUCUCCGGUCGCAUUGAACCAUAUGCGGAAUUAAAUUUGGAGAGUGGGGUUUUAUUUGUCAAUGAGAGAAUGGACAGAGAAAAAAUUUGUGGAUCGAUAUCUAUCUGCAUUCUUCCUUUCCAAAUUGUGAUUGAAAAUUCCCCAGAAAUGUACCGCGGUGAAUUGGAGAUUGUUGACAUAAAUGAUAAUUCGCCCAUUUUCCCGCAAAGCACCGUUGCCUUGCAGAUUGUUGAAAAUAUUGCACCCGGCUCUCGUUUUCCGCUGGAGAGCGCUCUCGAUCCGGACGUGGGGACAAAUGCAGUCACUUCGUACGUUAUCAGCCCUAAUGAACACUUCAGUCUGAAAGUGGAGAACGCAGAAGAAGGCAUUAAAAUUGCAGAGCUAUUGUUGGAGAAAUCCCUGGACCGUGAGAGGCAGGCAUCUUUUCAGCUGGUGUUGACGGCCGUUGACGGAGGAAAGCCGCGGAAAUCUGGGACAACUCAGGUUGUAAUUACUGUGCUGGACAGCAACGAUAACGCGCCGAUUUUCGAUCGGAAGAUAUACAAAGCCAGCCUGCCAGAAAACACAUCUGAGCGAUCCCCAGUGGUUACCGUGCACGCUUCGGAUGCAGAUGAAGGCUUAAACGCAGAGGUAACGUACGCUUUCAGCAAUCGUGCCUCAAGGAAGGUGCAGGAAUUGUUCAGUUUGGAUCCCCUGACGGGAGAAAUUAGAGUCUUAGGAGAUCUGGACUUCGAAGAGUCAAACAGUUACACAGUGGAUGUUCAGGCUGUGGACAGAGGUUCACCAGCCAUUGCAGGGCAUUCUAAAGUCCUAAUCAGGAUAACUGAUGUCAAUGAUAACGACCCAGAAAUAGAAGUAGACCUGGUGACUACAAAGGUCACAGAGACUGCCGUGCGCGGAACAGUAAUCGCAGUGCUCAAUGUGCAUGAUCGAGAUUCAGGGGUGAACGGAGAAGUUCACUGCAAGAUUCCACCACAUAUUCCGUUUAAGUUGCAGGCAUCAUCGGGCGAUCAUUAUAAACUAAUCACCAGUGACUCGUUAGAUCGGGAAAAUACAGCACUCUAUAAUAUUGCUAUUUUCGCCUGGGAUUCAGGAUCUCCUCCUCGAUCGACGAACAAAACUAUCCCGAUAUGGGUUUCUGAUGUCAAUGACAACGCCCCGAGGUUCGCACAGUCUUCUUACACAGUUUAUGUGAUGGAGAACAACGCUCCUGGUGCGUUUAUUUACGCAGCAGCUGCUGUCGAUCCUGAUUUGGAUCAGAACUCUUAUGUUUCUUACUCCUUUGUAGAGAGCCUUAUCCAGGACUUACCAGUAUCCAGAUAUCUCAACAUUAAUUCUGUGAAUGGUACCAUUUAUGCGCUGCGCUCUUUUGAUUAUGAGAAUAUCAAAACGUUCCAGGUCUACGUUCAAGCUCGGGACGCUGGAGUGCCCCCACUGAGCAGCACCGCUACGAUGAAUGUGAUCAUAUUGGAUCAAAAUGACAACGCUCCAGUAAUUGUCUCACCUUCAGCACAGAGUGGAUUAGCAGCUGUGGAGUUCGUGCCGCAUUCAGUGAGUCAGGGGUACUUGGUCACCAAGAUAAUGGCAACUGACGCAGAUUCUGGUCAGAACGCGCGGCUGUCCUAUCAGGUGCAGAGAUCCACUGAAUCUAGUUUAUUCAAUCUUGGACAAAGCUCGGGCGAAAUUAGAACAGCUCGUAAUAUUUUGGAGUCUGAUGCCACUACACAAACUCUAGUAAUUGUGGUGAAGGAUCAUGGGCAGCCAAGCCUUUCCAGCACGAUUACAAUUCUCCUUACAGUUACGGACAACAUCACUGAAAGAAGCAUUGAAAACAAUAAUUUUGUAGCGAAGCCCGAAGAUUUCUCUGACCUGAACCUUUACUUAAUUGUCACUUUCGGCUGCACUUCUGCUCUCUUUCUUGUCACCAUCAUUCUUCUGAUUGGCAUCAAGUGUAACAUGAACAGAAACGUCAGCCCCGACUACAAUUCACCCAGUUGUUGCUACAGACUUGAAAAUUCUAACGACAACUUUCACCUAAGACAGCAAGUGAAGGAGUCCUUAAAUGACAGUAGAGCAAACUCGUUGGUUUACGUACCGGAAAACCGUCAUUAUUCUGUUUGUUUGUCUCCAGAGUCAGCGAAAAGCGAUUUCCUGUUUCUGAAGCCGUGUAACCCGCCAAUAUCUCAUACCUGGAUUUGUAAAUUAAUUGAAUGCGGAACAAUGGCGUCCAAAUCCAUAUUAAGCAUCACUGUAAUUGCACACAGUUUUAUCGUGUGUGUCCCGGAUCAAAUUCCAGGGCAAUUUCGUUAUUCUAUUCCCGAGGAAAUGGUCGAAGGGACAAUUAUUGGGAAUAUCGCUCAAGAUUUGGGAUGGAAUGUACAGAUUUUGUCAGCUCGUAAAUUUCGUCUCAGCUCUAAUGACGGAGAACGGUACAUGAAGGUUAGUUUGGAUAAUGGGCUUUUAUCUAUUUGUGAAAGAAUCGACAGGGAACGUAUUUGUGGGCAAGUAGAUUUGUGUACUAUACCUUUGGAAAUAAUGCUGGAAAAUCCACUAGAGAUGUUUCGCGGCGAAGUGGAGAUUCUUGACGUAAAUGACAAUUCUCCUACAUUUCGGGACACACAUAUUGCCUUACAAAUGCCUGAGGCUAUUUCACCGGGGGUACGUUAUCGACUCAAGAGCGCGGAAGAUGCUGAUACUGGAAUGAAUACUAUCGCUAAUUAUACAAUCAGUUCGAGUGAUUACUUCAGUCUGAAAACACGGAGAACCGAGGAGGGUAUUAUAAUUGCUGAGUUGCUGUUACAGAAACCUUUGGAUAGAGAGCUCCAAUCAUCCUUUCAGCUGGUGCUUACUGCAGUGGAUGGUGGGAAUCCUCAGAGAACCGGAACAGCUCAGAUUCUCAUUACUGUACUGGACAUUAAUGACAAUCCACCUGUAUUCGAGCAUGAUGUUUACAGGGGCACUAUUACUGAAAACACACCACAAGAUACCGUUGUGUUAACAGUUAAAGCGAACGAUUUGGACGAAGGGCUGAAUGCAGAGCUAACAUAUUCUUUCAGUGAUGUGAUUACUUUGCGAAGAAUGCGUGAUUUGUUUUCCUUGGACCCAAAAACUGGAGAGAUUCGAGUCAAAGGGCCGCUAGAUUUUGAAAAAUCAAACAGCUAUACACUCGAUAUUCAAGCUGUUGAUCACGGGUCACCUGCGCUGACGGGACACUCGAAAGUGCUGAUCAAGGUAACUGACGUGAAUGACAACGCACCCGAGAUAAAAGUGACGUCAGCCACAAACCAAAUCCCGGAAAACGCUGCGCCCGGAAAUGUAAUCACCUUCGUUGAUGUUAUCGAUCGUGAUUCUGGAGAGAAUGGUCAAGUGCGCUGCGAAAUAACACAGAACGUCCCUUUUAUGCUACAAAGAUCGUCCAAUCAUUAUAAAUUAAUUACAAGUGGAACGUUGGACCGUGAAUCUGUGUCUAAUUAUAAAAUACUUAUUUCAGCCUGGGAUUUGGGGUCACCGUCACUGUCAGCAAAUGUAACCAUCCAUAUCGUAGUUACAGAUAUAAAUGAUAAUGCCCCACGCUUUGCUGAAUUGCCCUACAACUUUUACGUGACUGAAAAUAACUCUCCUGGCGCUUCUAUCUUCGCCGUAACGGCUUCAGAUCCUGAUCUGGAGCAGAAUUCCUAUGUUUCUUAUUCAAUUCUGGACAAUUAUAUUCAAAACUUGCCAGUAUCCACGUACCUGAACAUUAACACUAUGAACGGUACCAUUUACGCUCUGCGCUCUUUUGACUAUGAGGAACUGAAAAGUUUUCAGAUCCAUGUUCAAGCCCGUGACGCUGGAGUGCCACCGUUGAGCAGCAGCGCUACUGUGAAUGUCAUCAUCCUGGAUCAAAAUGACAACGCGCCAGUGAUUGUUUCACCUUCAGAGCAUGGUGGAUCAUCAGCUGUGGAAACCCUGCCCCAGUCAGCGGCUCAGGGGUACUUGGUCACCAAGAUAAUGGCCACUGAUGCAGAUUCUGGUCAGAACGGGCGACUCUUUUACCAAAUGGUGAAAGCCGCUGAUCCCAGUUUGUUUAUUAUCGAUCAAACGUCUGGUGAAAUCAGAACAACGCGUAAAAUCUUGGAGUCGGAUCGCAACACACAAACGUUGGUAAUCUUGGUUAAAGACAACGGGCAACCAAGCCUGUCUAGCACAGUUACACUUCACAUCACAAUUUUGCAGAAUAGCACCGAAGCUCCCACUAAGAGAAGUAAUUUCGUGACGAGUUCAGAAUCUUUAUUCGAUCUAAAUCUUUACUUACUGGUAAUCUUCAGUUGCACUUCCAUUGUCUUUCUGCUGAUUAUCAUUGUGCUUAUCGGGAUCAAGUGUAAACAGGACAGAGAUAACCCCAAAAAGUUCACUUCCCCCAGUUAUUACUACAAACGUGGAGAUAUGCAGGACACGUUUAAUCGAAGAUCUGCAAUGGAGGAAACUUUAAGCUAUCCUGGUACGGACCAGGUAGUCCGCAUGCCAGGACUGCCUCAGUACUCGGUCUGCCUGUCUCCAGAAUCAGCGAAAAGCGAUUUCCUUUUCUUGAAGCCGUGCGGCCCUGUCAUCUCUCAAAGUGCCUUAUCCAUAAUCUUACUAGUAUACAGAUAUCUCAAGAUUACUUCUGUGAAUGGUACCAAUUAUGCGUUGCGCUCUUUUGACUAUGAGAAUAUCAAAACGUUCCAGGUCUACGUUCAAGCCCGUGACGCUGGAGUACCCCCACUGAGAAGCCCCUGUGCAGAUCGUGCCGCAUUCAGUGGUUUUAUCGUGUAUGUCCCGGAUAAAAUUCCAGGGCAAUUUCGUUAUUCUAUUCCCGAGGAAAUGGUCGAAGGGACAAUUGUUGGGAAUAUCGCUCAAGAUUUGGGAUGGAAUGUACCGAUUUUGUCAGCUCGUAAAUUUCGUCUCAGCUCCAAUGACGGAGACCGGUACAUGAAGGUUAGUUUGGAUAAUGGACUUUUAUCUAUUUGUGAAAGAAUCGACAGGGAACGUAUUUGUGGGCAAGUAGAUUUGUGUACUAUACCUUUGGAAAUAAUGCUGGAAAAUCCACUAGAGAUGUAUCGCGGCGAAGUGGAGAUUCUUGACGUAAAUGACAAUUCUCCUACAUUUCGGGACACACAUAUUGCCUUACAAAUGUCUGAAGCCAUUCCACCGGGGGUACGUUAUCGACUCAAGAGCGCGGAAGAUGCUGAUACUGGAAUGAAUACUAUCGCUAAUUAUACAAUCAGUUCGAGUGAGUACUUCAGUCUGAAAACACGGAGAACCGAGGAGGAUAUUAUAAUUGCUGAGUUGCUGUUAGAGAAAACUUUGGAUCGAGAGCUACAAUCAUCAUUUCAACUGAUGCUUACUGCAGUGGAUGGUGGGAAUCCUCAGAGAACCGGAACAGCGCAGAUUCUCAUUACAGUACUGGACAUUAAUGACAAUCCACCUGUAUUCGAGCAUGAUGUUUACAGGGGCAGUAUUACUGAAAACACACCGCAAGAUACCAUUGUGUUAACAGUUAAAGCAAAUGAUUUAGACGAAGGGCUGAAUGCAGAGCUAACAUAUUCGUUCAGUGAUGUUAUUACAUUGCGAAGAAUGAGUGAUUUGUUUUCCUUGGACCCAAAAACUGGAGAGAUUCGAGUCAAAGGGCCGCUAGAUUUUGAAAAUUCAAACGGCUAUUCACUCGAUAUUCAAGCUGUUGAUCACGGGUCACCUGCGCUGACGGGAUACUCGAAAGUGCUGAUCAAGGUAACCGACGUGAAUGAUAACGCUCCCGAGAUAAAAGUGACGUCAGCCACAAACCAAAUCCCGGAAAACGCUACGCCCGGAAAUGUAAUCACCUUCGUUGAUGUUAUCGAUCGUGAUUCUGGAGAGAAUGGUCAAGUGCGCUGCGAAAUAACACAGAACGUCCCUUUUAUGCUACAAAGAUCGUCCAAUCAUUAUAAACUAAUUACAAGUGGAACGUUGGACCGUGAAGCUGUGUCUGAUUAUAAAAUACUUAUUUCAGCCUGGGAUUUGGGGUCACCGUCUCUGUCAACAAAUGUAACCAUCCAUAUUGUAAUUACAGAUAUAAAUGAUAAUGCCCCCCGAUUUGACGAAUUGCCCUACAACUGUUACGUGACUGAAAAUAACUCUCCUGGCGCUUCUAUCUUCGCCGUAACGGCUUCAGAUCCUGAUCUGGAGCAGAAUUGUUAUGUUUCUUAUUCAAUUCUGGACAAUUAUAUUCAAAACUUGCCAGUAUCCACGUACCUGAACAUUAACACUAUGAACGGUACCAUUUACGCUCUGCGAUCUUUUGACUUUGAGGAACUGAAAAGUUUUCAGAUCCAUGUUCAAGCCCGUGACGCGGGAGUGCCACCGUUGAGCAGCAGCGCUACUGUGAAUGUCAUCAUCCUGGAUCAAAAUGACAACGCGCCAGUGAUUGUUUCACCUUCAGAACAUGGUGGAUCAUCAGCUGUGGAAACCCUGUCCCAGUCAGCGGCUCAAGGGUACUUGGUCACCAAGAUACUGGCCACUGAUGCAGAUUCUGGUCAGAACGGGCGGCUCUUUUACCAAAUGGUGAAAGCUACUGAUCCCAGUUUGUUUAUUAUCGAUCAAACGUCUGGUGAAAUCAGAACAACGCGUAAAAUCUUGGAGUCGGAUCGCAACACACAAACGUUGGUAAUCUUGGUUAAAGACAACGGGCAACCAAGCCUAUCUAGCACAGUUACACUUCACAUUACAAUUUUGCAGAAUAGCACCGAAACUCCCACUAAAAGAAGUAAUUUAGUGACGAGUUCAGAAUCUUUAACCGAUCUAAAUCUUUAUUUAUUGGUAAUUUUCAGUUGCACUUCCAUUGCCUUUCUUCUGCUUAUCAUUGCGCUUAUCGGGAUCAAAUGUAAACAGGAGAGUGGUUACCCCCAGGAGUAUACUUCCCCCAGUUAUUUUUACAAACGUGGGGAUAUGCAGGACACGUUUAAUCGAAGAUCUGCAAUGGAGGAAACUUUACGCUAUCCUGGUACGGACCAGGUAGUCCGCAUGCCAGGACUGCCUCAGUACUCGGUCUGCCUGUCUCCAGAAUCAGCGAAAAGCGAUUUCCUUUUCUUGAAGCCUUGCGGCCCUGCCAUUUCUCAAGCCCCCGAUGCUAAAUUAUAUAGAACUACAACAUAA